CAAGGUUCCAGAGAGCACAGUUCAAGCGAGUAUGAUGCAGGUGAGCAUGCUGCUGAUAAACACACUGUGGAUGAACAUGCUGCUGAUAAACACACUGUGGAUGAACAUGCUGCAAGUCAACACACUUUAGGUGAAAAUGCUUUAGGUGAAGAGACACCAGGUGAACAUGCCUCAGGUGAAGAUACUUCAGGUGAACAGGCCUCGGGUGAGGAGACUUCAGGUGAAUAUGCUUCAGCUGAACACACUUCGAGUGAACACGCCUCAGGUGAAGAGACAUCAGGUGAACACGCCUCAGGUGAAGAGACUUCAGGUGAACAGGCCUCAGGUAAAGAGUCAUCAGGUGAACAUGCCUCAGGGGAAGAGACUUCAGGUGAACAUGCUUCAGGUGAACAGACUUCAGGUGAAGACACUUCAGGUGAAGACACCUCAGGUGAACAGGCUUCUGGAAAAAAGUCUGAUGGUAAUCAGGCUCUAGAUGAACAUCCUUCUGGUGAACAGCCUUCAAGCACACCACUUCCAAAUACAUCUUCAGGUGCAAUAUUAAAUUGCCACACAUGUGCUUAUAUGAAUGAUAAAGGAAAAUGUCUUCGUGGAGAGGGAAUGUGCACCACUGAGAAUUCCCAGCAGUGCAUGUUAAAGAAGAUCUUCAAAGGUGGAAAACUCCAAUUCAUGGUUCAGGGGUGUGAGAACAAGUGCCCUUCUAUGAACUUCAUUUCUCAAGGAACAAGGAUGCAAAUUAUAUGCUGCUGAAAUAAACCUUUCUGCAACAUGGUCUAGAAGCCUGACUCAGGCAGAAGGCCCCCACGCUACUUGGCUCAACUUAUAUUUAGCUUCAACAACUAAUAGCACCUGCCUCUGCCUGAAUGUCAAACAAGAUGUUCAAAUACCUUUCCUCUCCUGUUCAUACCAUUGCCCAUUAUUCUUCUCCCUGUCUUCCCUGCCCCCAACAUUGAUACUCCAGAUUUCCUUUUCAAAAUAAAUGUCUGUGGUUAAAGAAUAAAGAUUCCAUAGACUUCUUUUCCCAUCAGUCCAGUUGCAGGGUCAGCCUGAGCUUUUAUCCACCUCUACUAAAUUGGAUAUUUUGUGUGUGGUACUGGGAAUUGAACCUAGGACCUUGAGCAUGCUAGGCAAGUCCUCUCCCCCUGAGCCCUUUUUAAGACAGGGUCUUGCUAAGUUGCCCAGGCUGACCUCAGACUUGCAAUUCUCCUUUAUCAGCCUCCCAAGGAGUGGGGAUUACAGGGGUAUGCCACUUUACCUGACGCACUGAAAGAGAAGGGGUCUCCCAGGGCAGAGAAAACAAGGAUGAAUACAAAGUGGGUAUUAGUCUUUUGUGGGGCUUAAACAAUAUUGCAGGUGUUGCAGAACUUCAAGAGACAGGAGAGACCCAUGGGAAUCAGAGGAUUCAUUUCAGGUUUUAGGUGAAUAGCAGUUCAAUGGACUCCUGUCCAAAGGAAGAGCUCAGAACAAUGUAAGUUUCAGUUUCAUACUUGUGGUCAAAAGGAGGGAUGGUCUUUCUAGUGACAUAAAACUGGGGAGGGGGGUGGGCAAGCGAGGUUACAGAAGCAAACAAAAAGCAAAUUAGUUACAUAUCACAUGAUGACAGUUUUGUUCCUUGUGAAUCUUGUGUGAACGAGGCAUCAUGAACUUUGUUUAGAGGACAUAGUCGCCAGUCUUACCUGUAACAAAACAAGGAGUUACAGCUACAAGGGAGAAGAGAGUGAUUCGAGGCAGGGUGGGGGGGCUGCCCAAGGCUGGGAAGACUUGUUCUUUAAGCUCUGCUUCACAGGUACUUCUCUCUGACCCUCAAUCUUUCCAUCCCUAUUUUCCCCCACAUCCUUCCACCUGCAUAGAGAAUUCAACUUUUCUUUGGCUCUUGAGUUUUCAGACUUAAGCUCACAAAAUGAAAACAAAAUGAUUCCUUUUAUUUCUUCUCAGUAACUCAUAACGCAUUUUUCCUACAAAAUGUUAUUGGAGCAUCUAAGCACCAUAGAGAAACAGGUGGAAUACUAAACAGUCACUCCUCACCUCAAGGUGUUUUCACAAACAUGGUCUCAUCUGAUCCUCAGGAAAGAACUCAGAGUAGUAGACAGGAAAGACAGCAUCCUUACUUUAUAAAUAAAGAAAUGUGACAUAGAGAUGUUUUAUUUAUUCAUAUUCCAUACUGUUCCAAACUGACCAAGGUUACCAAACUAGUGAGAGCCAGUGCCAGACCCUAAAACCAAAUCUGUAUGGCUUUAAUCUGAGCCAUUAUCUCACACUAUGAGUAUCAACCAGAACGGUCUUUCAAGACCAAAAUCAAUCCUUCACCCCCCCAACCCCCCCCAUUGCUGCUUCCACACUCCUCCAUGUGAAGACU